ACAGUAAACUGGCCCCCUAUUUAAAAAGUUUGAGGACCCAGAGAGGUUCAGGAGGCUUCCAUUUUAAGAGCAUGAGUUUGAAUUAUGGUUAGCUUUAGAAUUAUUUGUGUAAAGAAUUUAUAUACCACUUAUUUAUGAGAAAAAUGAUCAUCUCUUAGCAGUUCUUCAAGAGACUCUUUCUGGAAAAAUCAAAAUCAGUUCUAUUUUCUGAAAUAGAUGUACUUAAUUCUUACAAUAAGGUAAUUGGCCACAUAUGUUUGACAUCUCGUUCCAUGAUAUUGUUUAAUUUUUCUUUAUUCUUGCAUACUUAAUUCCUCUGCUAAAGAUGGCUUCAAUUUCUUCAAGCUAGGAAGAAAUUUGCAAGUUCUUUCUUUAUUGCUUUUAAACCUUAGGGACUUAUCACGGACACAUUAUGACUUUGUAAAGCUCAAGGCAGUUUAAUAACUUCGCAUUAAGAAUAUAAAAUUCAAAACCAUCAGGAUAUCUAUGAAACAAUUGGGACACUAAUGGCUUUCUUAAGUAUGGCACCUCUCUUCCUGACAUAGAGGAGUCUCAUGGACUCUACCCCCUGGUAGUUGUAAUUGAAGUGACAUGUCAGUCUCAUAGUUUGAUCUUUGUACUCAUCAAAUACAUUAAUCCACUCUUCUCAAUGAUCAGAGGGUUACCUUUAUGUCUUUGUUUGAUCUGUUCUCAAGAAGGGCACUGUGGUGGAAAGAACAUUAACUUUUGUGACUCUGAGUCAUGAGAAAUACAUGAGAUUUAAAAUUCACAUAGAUAGGUUGUUAUUAGUGUUCUUAAAAGGCUAUUCUCUUCUUUCUCUUUUCCCUAUCUUGACCCCCACCAUUCCCAAGCUAGAGGAGCUUUCCCUAGGAAAGGAAUUAGAAUUAAGGUCAAUCUUACCUUAGCUCCUGAUCAUCCUACAUUCUCCCUUUUUUUAAAUCCUACAUUAAGAAACCAUCAAUUCAGCUAGUCCUUCCUGGUAUGGGUAUUCUAUAUUCCAGGGCAAUGAUUAAUGUGUUCUCAUGAUACUAAAAUUAGUUAAGGGUUAGACUCAUAAAUUUAGAAUUUUUAUUUUUAUUUUAUUUUUAAAAGAUAGAGUCUGUCUCACCCAGGCUGGAAGUAUAAAGAUUACUUACCUGAUUGAUACCACAAUGAUUAACAUGGGCAUUUUUACUUGUUCUGUGUUUCAACCUACAUUGAUUUGACAACUUGGUAGUCAUCUUACUCCCAGAGACUUGACCAACUGGUACUAACUUUGGUGUGUACACCUAAUUGAUUUGGUUCACUGCCGUCAGAUUUUAUGAGAGGAAAAGAUUCUAAAACUAGAUGGAAUUACAAAUGUGUGCUACCAUAUUAUUAUUGUUGUUUGUUCUUCAUUUUCAGAGGGACCAGUGAUAUCAUAAGUUUCGAGGGAGUCCUUAUUUCAGUCAUGCUCAGUGACCACUUCAAACAGCUGUUCUACCUAUGAGUUUUAACUAAAGUUGCUUCUGGGGCAGGAAUUGCUUCUCAGCAUGGAGCUUCACAUGUGAGAACUUGAGGAAGAGACAUAUGCUCUGUUGUUAGCUCUUCCCUAACUUUCAGAAGAAACUGCCUUCAAAACACUGAACUAGCUCUGGCAAUGCAUGUGCUAACCUCAUUAUUAAUGUGGAUAUCCCUAGAAAGUAUAAUGGCAAGGGCACUUCAAGAUGGAAGUCUACUAGAAUAUGAAUUCAUUAUACCAGUUUUCAGAAGACAUGUCUAUCAAUUACUUAAGUGAAGUUACUGAAAUCCUUUGAAAAAUUCUGAAGAUAGAGAUUUUCAAUAUGAAAAAAGAUCUCACUGUUUCUAAGGCCCUUACAUUCUACUGAAAAUAUAUGGCAUAUACAAAGAGUUCUGAGAGGAGACGAGAGCAGAGAUUAAACUACUCCUUCAGAAGUUCAUUGGUUUUGUUGGUUGGAUGUUUUUAAGGAUUCCUCAACUGUGGAUUGGAGUUGAGAAGUAAAAAGAUAACUCACUCACACUGUCCAACAGGAUACUUGGAGCUACUAAUAAGUAAGAAAAUAUCCAGAGAAGAUACCGAAAGAUGAGAGGAGGCAUAAAUAACCUGUGACCUGAAAAAGAUCUGUAUUUGAUUCAUGAAAAAUUGGAGUGAAGUAAGAUAAAUGGACAAUAAGGUUCCUAUUUGAUUGGUGUUUAAAAUGGAAACUUGUGGUGGAAGAAAAAGAUAGCAGUUGAAGGUUAAAAUCUUUUCUGGAUUUCUCUUGUGAAGACUCAACAUUUCAAAACGAUAUGCUGAUUUGGAAGGCCCCAGAAGUGAAUUGCAAAAUUUACUUUUUCUAUUCAAUUCAUGGAUUUUUUAAUCAUUCCUUGGAUUUGGUGAAGUUCAAAGGAGGCAUGUGAUGGGAAAACUGAUAUGUCUGUGUUGUUGUAGCCCCUGAAUCUUGGAUUUGUUUGCUGUUUUAUUGAAGAGAUUCCAUUUUGAAAGACAGGGACUGAAUGUAAUGGAUUUAUCUUCAGAGAUGAACAGACAUGGGAAGAAUCCAGUAAGUCACAAACUAGAAGACCAGAAAAAGAUUUACACUGACUGGGCUAACCACUACCUAGCUAAAUCUGGCCACAAGCGGUUGAUUAAAGAUUUACAACAGGACAUUACAGAUGGAGUACUGCUAGCAGAAAUCAUUCAGAGCAUUGCAAAUGAAAAGGUUGAAGAUAUCAAUGGAUGCCCCAGGAGUCAAUCUCAAAUGAUUGAAAAUGUCGAUGUCUGCCUUAGCUUUCUAGCAGCCAGAGGAGUAAAUGUACAAGGUCUAUCUGCUGAAGAAAUAAGAAAUGGAAAUUUGAAAGCCAUUUUAGGGUUGUUUUUUAGUUUAUCUCGGUAUAAACAGCAGCAGCACCAUCAACAACAGUACUAUCAAUCUGUAGUAGAACUCCAGCAACACGUUAGUCAUCCAUCACCACCAGCUGAAGUUGGCCAGUCCAAAACUCAACAAGAUAUGCAGUCCAGUCUGGCAGCCAGAUAUGCAGCUCAGUCUAAUCACAGUGGAAUUGCAACCAGUCAGAAAAAGGCUUCUAGGCUUCCAGGGCCCUCAAGGGUGCCAGCUGCAAGCAGCAGUAGCAAGGUCCAAGGAGCCUCUAAUUUAAAUCGGAGAAGUCAGAGCUUUAACAGCAUUGACAAAAAUAAGCCUCCACAUUAUGCAAAUGGAAAUGACAAAGAUUCCUCCAAAGGACCUCAACCAUCUUCAGGUGUAAAUGGCAACAUGCAGCAUCCUACCAGCACGGGGCAGCAGCCAGUUUCUGCCAUCCCUUCUCCAAGUACCAGCAAGCCUUGGCGCAGCAAAUCCAUGAAUGUCAAGCACAGUGCCACCUCUACCAUGUUGUCUGUGAAGCAGUCCAGUCCUGCCACCUCUCCAACACCAUCCUCAGAGAGAUUGAAACCACCUCUAGCAGAAGGGGUCAAACCCCCUUCUUCUGGACAGAAAUCCAUGCUGGAGAAAUUCAAGUUGGUAAAUGCUCGGACUGCUUUGCGACCACCACAGGCUCCCAAUCCAGUGUCCAAUGAUGGUGGACGAGAUGAUGAUACUUUUUUUGAAUGUGGUGAGCUGGAUGGCUUUAACAAUGGACUGAGUGGUGGGUCAACCAGCAGCAGUCCCAAAGUGUCACCAAAAUUGACUCCUCCAAAAGCUGGAAGCAAAAAUCUGAGCAAUAAAAAAUCUUUGCUACCAAAGGAUAAGGAGGAAAAGAGCAGGGACAAAAAUAAAGUUUGCAAUGAAAAGCCAGUCAAGGAAGAGAAGGAACAGGUCACAGAGACCACAGCGAAAAAGACUUCCAAAAUUGCAAGCUUAAUCCCAAAGGGAAGCAAGACUGCUGCAGCCAAGAAGGAAAGCUUAAUACCAUCUUCUAGUGGGAUUCCAAAACCAGGAUCUAAGAUGCCUACUGCAAAACAGAACAUUUCGCCAGGCAGUGUGGGAAAUAAGGAAUCUGAAAAAUUCAGGACUACAAAAGGCAGCCAGUCCCAAUCAGUAUCCAAAUCUCAGAUGACUGAAAAGUCUAGCAGCACCUCUAAUUGUCUGGCUCCUUUAGAAGGAAAGGAAUCUAGCCAAGUUACUGCCUCUGGUUCCUGUGCCAUGUCAGAUAGUGGGCAGAAUACAGGCAAUGGUACUGUCCAGCUUCCCCAGCAGCAAUACAGUCACCCAAACACUGCCACAGUUGCUCCUUUCAUUUAUAGAACACACUCAGAAAAUGAAGGUACCACUAUAAUCCCUAUGGAAUCCUGCACCAGUCCUACUAAAACAGAUUUAUCAUAUAGUAAGACCGCCAAACAGUGCCUAGAGGAGAUAUCUGGGGAAGACCCAGAAACAAGAAGAAUGAGAACAGUGAAAAACAUAGCAGAUCUGAGACAGAAUCUAGAAGAGACAAUGUCUAGUCUUCGGGGGACUCAGAUAAGCCACAGCACCCUGGAGACAACAUUUGACAGCACUGUGACAACUGAAGUCAAUGGGAGAAGCAUACCAAGCCUGACAAGCCGUUCCACACCAGUGACCUGGAGACUAGGUCAAGCUAGUCCUCGACUCCAAGCAGGGGAUGCCCCAUCAUUGGGAGGUGGCUAUCCUAGGAGUAGCACCAGUCGCUUUAUCCAUACUGACCCUUCCAGGUUCAUGUAUACCACACCCCUGCGUCGUGCUGCUGUUUCUCGCCUUGGAAACAUAUCCCAGAUUGAUAUGAAUGAGAAAGGAAGUAAUGAUCUGGACAUAACUUCUGAUAUAGAUGUUGGUGGUUACAUGAGUGAUGGUGACAUUCUUGGGAAGAGCCUCAGAAGUGACGACAUCAAUAGUGGAUACAUGACAGAUGGAGGACUAAACCUAUAUACUCGAAGUCUGAAUCGGUUACCAGACUUGGCAACAUCUCGUGAUGUCAUUCAGAAAGGGUUACAUGAUGCGACAGUUGAUGCAGAUAGUUGGGAUGAUAGCAGCUCAGUAAGUAGUGGACUCAGUGAUACUCUCGAUAAUCUCAGCACAGACGACCUAAAUACUGGAUCUUCUGUCAGUUCUUACUCCAACAUGACAGCCUCAUCAAGGAAGAACACUCAGUUGAAGAUGGAUUCAGAGAAACGUUCAGUAGCAGCUGAUACCUGGGACAACAUGGAGGAGCAUAAGAAACCAGAGGAAGAAUUUGAUGGUCACAUAGACAGCAGCAACAAGUGGAAAGCUGCUCCCCCAGGACUGUCUGAAGACACAGAGAAGGGAGGACAGAGGGCAGCUGUCUCAGUUUCACAGACAGGGUCUUGGCGACGUGGUAUGUCUGCUCAAGGAGGGAUACCAUCCAGGCAUAAAGCUGGAACAAGUGGCCUCAAGACUCCUGGAAAAACAGAUGAUGCUAAAGCUUCUGAUAAAGGAAAAACGACCCUUAAGGGGACAUCUAUACAACGUUCUCCUUCAGAUGCAGGAAAAAGCAGUGGAGAUGAAGGGAAAAAGCCCCCAUCAGGCAUUGGAAGGUCAACUGCCACUGGAUCAUUUGGAUUUAAAAAGCCUGGUGUUGCAUCAUCUACUAUGAUAACUACAAGUGGAGCAACUAUCACCAGUGGUUCUGCAACACUGGGUAAAAUCCCCAAAUCAGCAGCCAUUGGUGGGAAAUCCAAUGCAGGGAGAAAAACCAGCUUGGAUGGUUCACAAAAUCAGGAUGAUGGUGUGCUGCACAUGAGUUCAAAGACAACACUUCAAUACCGAAGCUUACCACGCCCUUCAAAAUCUAGCACAAGUGGCAUUCCUGGCCGGGGUGGACACAGAUCCAGUACCAGCAGUAUUGACUCCAAUGUGAGUAGCAAAUCUGGAGGGGCCACUGCUACCAAACUGAGAGAGCCAAGCAAGAUUGGGUCUGGCCGUUCCAGUCCCGUGACCAUCAAUCAGACAGACAAGGAGAAGGAGAAGGUGGCAAUGUCAGAUUCUGAGAGUGUUUCUUUAUCCAGUUCCCCUAAAUCCAGCCCAACCUCUGCCAAUGCAUGUGGAACACAAGUUCUCAGGCAGCCAGGUUCCAAGUAUCCUGAUAUUGCAUCACCCACAUUUAGAAGGUUGUUUGGUGCCAAGGCGGGUGGCAAAUCUGCCUCUGCACCUAAUUCUGAGGUUGGGAAAUCUUCCUCAGUAAUGCCCAGCCCUAGUACCACAUUAGCGCGACAAGGCAGUCUGGAGUCUCCAUCGUCCGGUACAGGCAGCCUGGGCAGUGCUGGUGGGCAGAGUGAAGGCAGCAGCCCUCUCUUCAAUAAACCCUCAGACUUAACGACAGAUGUAAUAAGCUUAAGCCACUCCUUGGCUUCCAGCCCAGCAUCGGUUCACUCUUUCACCUCAGGUGGUCUUGUGUGGGCUGCUAAUCUGAGCAGUUCUUCUGCUGGCAGUAAGGACACUCCAAGCUACCAGUCAAUGACUAGUCUCCAUACAAGCUCUGAGUCUAUUGACCUUCCUCUCAGUCAUCACGGCUCUCUGUCUGGAUUGACUACAGGCACUCAAGAGGUUCAGAGCCUGCUCAUGAGGACUGGUAGUGUGAGAUCUACUCUUUCAGAAAGCAUGCAACUUGACAGAAAUACGCUGCCCAAAAAGGGAUUAAGAUACACGCCAUCAUCCCGGCAGGCCAGUCAAGAAGAAGGUAAAGAAUGGCUAAGAUCUCAUUCAACUGGAGGCCUACAGGACACUGGUAACCAAUCACCUCUUGUUUCCCCUUCUGCUAUGUCAUCAUCGGCAACAGGAAAAUACCACUUUUCCAAUUUAGUAAGUCCCACCAACCUAUCCCAGUUUAAUCUUCCUGGCCCCAGCAUGAUGCGUUCCAACAGUAUCCCUGCUCAAGAUUCUUCCUUUGAUCUGUAUGAUGACUCCCAGCUGUGUGGUAGUGCCACAUCUUUAGAAGAAAGACCCAGAGCCAUUAGUCAUUCAGGCUCAUUCAGAGACAGCAUGGAAGAAGUCCAUGGGUCUUCAUUAUCACUGGUUUCAAGCACAUCUUCUCUCUAUUCUACAGCUGAAGAAAAAGCACAUUCUGAGCAAAUUCAUAAACUACGGAGGGAGCUGGUUGCAUCACAGGAAAAGGUCGCAACUCUUACAUCUCAACUUUCAGCGAAUGCUCAUUUAGUUGCAGCUUUCGAAAAAAGCUUAGGGAAUAUGACUGGCCGUCUACAGAGCUUAACCAUGACAGCAGAACAAAAGGAGUCUGAACUUAUUGAAUUAAGGGAAACUAUAGAAAUGUUGAAAGCUCAGAAUUCUGCUGCACAGGCCGCCAUUCAAGGAGCACUUAAUGGCCCUGAUAAUCCCCCCAAAGAUCUCCGCAUUAGAAGGCAGCAUUCCUCAGAAAGUGUGUCCAGUAUCAACAGUGCUACAAGCCAUUCCAGUAUUGGCAGUGGUAAUGAUGCUGAUUCUAAGAAAAAGAAAAAGAAAAACUGGCUGAGGAGCUCAUUCAAACAAGCCUUUGGGAAGAAAAAAUCUACCAAGCCCCCUUCCUCGCAUUCUGACAUAGAAGAACUGACUGAUUCAUCUCUUCCAUCAUCACCGAAGCUGCCCCAUAGCUCUGGUGACUGUGGGAUAUGUGAAUGCACGGAAGCAGAGGCUGAGAUAAUUCUGCAGCUAAAAAGUGAACUCAGAGAGAAGGAGCUAAAAUUAACAGAUAUUCGUCUAGAAGCUCUCAGUUCUGCUCAUCAUCUUGACCAAAUUCGGGAAGCUAUGAAUCGAAUGCAGAAUGAAAUUGAAAUCCUGAAAGCUGAAAAUGAUCGUUUGAAGGCAGAGACUGGGAAUACAGGGAAGCCUGCUCGUCCUUCAUCUGAAUCUUCUAGCAGCACCUCCUCCUCAUCUUCUCGCCAAUCUUUAGGGCUUUCAUUAAACAACUUGAACAUCACUGACUCUAUUACCUCAGAUAUUUUACUGGAAGAUGCUACUGAUGGAACUCUCCAUAAAGAUGGCCGCAGUGUGAAAAUUAUAGUAUCUAUUAGCAAGGGUUAUGGCCGAUCAAAGGAACAGAAACCUCAGGCAUACUUGAUAGGAUCCAUUGGUGUUAGUGGAAAAACCAAAUGGGAUGUAUUAGAUGGUGUAAUUAGACGGCUCUUCAAGGAGUAUGUGUUCCGAAUUGAUACAUCCACUAGUCUUGGUUUGAGCUCUGACUGUAUUGCUAGCUACUGUAUAGGGGAUUUAAUUAGAUCCCAUAGUCUAGAAGUGCCUGAAUUGCUGCCUUGUGGAUAUCUUGUUGGAGAUAAUAACAUCAUCACUGUGAAUCUUAAAGGGGUUGAAGAAAACAGUUUAGAUAGCUUUGUUUUUGAUACGCUGAUACCCAAACCAAUCACCCAAAGGUAUUUUAAUUUGCUGAUGGAGCAUCACAGAAUUAUCCUAUCAGGACCAAGUGGUACUGGAAAAACAUAUUUAGCCAACAAACUUGCUGAAUAUAUAAUAACAAAAUCUGGUAGGAAAAAAACAGAAAAUGCUAUUGCUGUGUUUAAUGUGGACCACAAAUCAAGUAAGGAAUUGCAACAGUACCUAGCCAACUUGGCUGAACAAUGCAGUGCUGAUAAUAAUGGUACAGACCUACCCAUUGUAAUUAUUCUUGAUAAUCUCCAUCAUAUUGGUUCUUUGAGUGACAUCUUCAAUGGUUUCCUCAACUGCAAAUAUAACAAAUGUCCCUAUAUCAUUGGAACAAUGAACCAAGGAGUUUCAUCAUCACCAAAUCUAGAAUUGCAUCACAAUUUCAGAUGGGUACUCUGUGCUAACCACACAGAACCAGUGAAAGGCUUUCUGGGCAGAUAUCUGCGAAGGAAAUUAAUCGAGACAGAAAUAGAGAAAAAUAUGCGCAACAGUGACCUCAUAAAAAUUAUAGACUGGAUUCCUAAAACGUGGCAUCAUCUGAAUAGCUUUUUGGAAACACACAGUUCUUCUGAUGUGACUAUUGGUCCUCGCCUUUUCCUUUCUUGUCCUAUGGAUGUAGAGGGAGCCAGAGUGUGGUUCACUGAUCUCUGGAACUAUUCCCUAGUGCCAUAUCUUCUAGAAGCAGUAAGAGAAGGCCUUCAGAUGUAUGGUAAGCGAGCACAAUGGGAAGAUCCCUCCAAGUGGGUACUUGAUACAUACCCAUGGAGCUCUGCCUCAUUGCCACAAGAAGGUCCGGCCUUACUUCAACUGAGACCAGAAGAUGUUGGUUAUGAAGGCUGUACAUUAGCAAAGGAAGGGACAACUUCUAAGCAUAGUCCACAGACUGAAACAGAGGGGGAUCCUUUGAUGAAUAUGCUGAUGAAGCUACAAGAAGCAGCCAAUUACUCCAGUGCACAAAGCUGUGACAGCGACAGCACCAGCCAUCAUGAUGAUAUUUUAGAUUCAUCUCUUGAAUCAACUCUCUAGAGAGUAUAAAGUUAUAGGAUUAAACUUAGAAAACAAAAUGCAUUUCCACUCAGCCACUGCCAGUGUUGGAGCAGCCAGUCAAAGGUCCCUGAAAAAGAGCUAGAUGCUAUGAAAGGGCAGCACAUUUCAGUCAGAAAAGUCAAGAUGCUCAAUUGAAAUGGAAAGCUUGAAUUCGUUUUUCUUUCAAGGCAUUUCUGUCUCUAUGGAGUUAUACAAGUAAGACUCCAUUAAUUAACUGGAAAAGGUCCUUUGCGGAGGGCCACCAAGCAGAUUGCACAUGGGUUAGCCAAAACUGGAUUUUUUUUUCUCUUUAAAAGUUUACAAUAAGAUUUUUUUUUCUUUUGGAUUGUUUUAUUUUGUUUUCCAUUUCCCUCUUGGCACCUCCCUCAUUUGGGGAGAAAUAGUUCUUUUUUUGUUUUAACUCUGAGGUGCUGCAUCCACCAUGCAGGGCCUAUGUUUUCCAGAUCCAAUGCUAUCCUUACCUCUUUUGUGCCACAUAGCACUGGUCACACGACUCCAGUAGUGUUUGUGUUGUGCUACUGCCCAUUCCAAAAUGGAUGCCAGAGGCUCUGUUCUCAUAAGCACAAAUGGCAUUGUGCAACCACCAGAAAACACUACUGUGAUAUAUUGGAUAAGUGCCAAGUUAAUUCCAAACUGCCAUUUCCACAGUGAUAUACUCCACCAACUUUUUAGUGUGCAAGUCACCGUUUUUAUAAAAUUGUUUUUACCACAGUGGUCUUUUAAAUCACCUACCCACUUCCCAAGCCCAACAAGAGUUUUCUACAAAUUAUUAGGGAACACUGACAAAAGGCUUGUUUAGGGACUCAUGUAUGUGAGCCUUUUCAGUGGACAAAGGAACAUUUCCUAUGGUGCUGUCUCACUGCCUUAAACCCAGUUUCUGGAACAGUUUUACAGUUGGUUUAACUCCUAACCAUUGGUAACUCAUAUUGUCUUUUCAUUUUACCAACAAGACACAUUGGUUCACACACAACAGCCUCAUAUCUGUAGCCAUGAUUUUUUUUUAAAGAAAUGGAUAGGAUCAUAUUUUUACCUUGUGAAGAAAUUGCUUUGUCUUUCCUUGGAUGUAGUCAAGGAACCCCGGAUCCAUUUUGACUAUCACUUACAAGUUGAGGGAGGAAGCUAAAAUCUAUCCAGUGCCAUUGGAUGGAGCUUUUCUGGAGGCUUGAUAUUUUGAAAUUCCUCUCCAGCAGAGCUGGAAGCAUUUGAUGGAGCAUGAGCACAAACUUUUGGGGUUUUUCUUUCUCUUUUUUCUUCUCUUUUCUGUCCCUACCUUUCCCCUGUUUUUUUUUUUUUUUUUUUUUUUUUUAAUUUGACGCAUGGUGUUUUUGAUUGCUAUUGUUGUACAUGAGAAAAAGCAGCUUUGAAUCACAUGGAAGCAGUGACAUACACUGUGGAAGAAGAAAAGUUUAUAUUGUAAAGGAGGGUUAGUUUUGCACAGUCUACUGGGUGGGUAUUGUAAAUAAAAAAGGCCUUGCACAAAUCAAACAAACACACUCACACAAAUUGUAUUUUAUCCUGUUGGUGUUGAGAUGUUUCACUUGCUGAGAUUUCCUGUAUGUUGCAAACAAAUACAGAAUGCAAACCCUAAAAAGCUGUUUUUAUCUGGUGUGUUUGUCCUGUAUUUACAGUUGGUAUGACUAUGCAGGAGUUAUCAGUGAUGGAGUGAGCAUGUUUCCAAUCUGUACAUGAAGCCAAUACAUUUUCAGAUAUUAAUGGUUUUGAAGUGCAUCUAGCAUGGCAGACUGUAAACAGAUUGCAUGAUAAAACUUGAUGGGAUUCAUUAGUGAAAGUUCUGGCCAUAAGAAAUAACUAGGUUCAAACACAAUCCAAUGGUGCAGAUAUGUGCUGUACCAUUAAAAAAAAAAAAAGUGUUACCUUCAGGAUGUACAAUUGGUGCUACUCUCUGUGACCACCCA